AUGGUGCGCAAGUGCGAGAAGAAUGCCGCGGCCAACUGGGAUCGAUUCUACAAGAGGCACGAAGACCGCUUCUUCCACAACCGCAACUGGACAGAUCGAGAAUUUCAGGCUCUCAAGGAAGUCUCUUCGAGCAGUGUCGGCGGCGGCGGCGGCAACAGUGGUACUACCGACGACCUUGACACAGACGAAACGCAGGCACUCGUCUCUGGAAGUUUGCUCUCCACCUCCUCCUCCCAAGCUACGCCUGUGCUGCUAGAAGUAGGUUGCGGGGUAGGGAACAUGCUCUACCCUCUUCUCGAAAAAGUGCCAGGUCUGAAAGUGCACUGCUGCGACUUCUCCUCUCGAGCCGUAGAGAUUGUCAAGCGCCAUCCCUCGUACGAUUCUGAGCGGGUAAACGCCUUUGUGCACGAUCUUGUGCAGCCCUCCCCCACAUUGGACGCUGUGUUGGCCGGACAUCCUUUCGGAGCUCCCACCCUCGUCUCGCUCAUCUUUGUCCUCUCGGCCAUCCCACCAGGAGAGCAAGUGCGGGUGCUCCUUUCCCUCUUCUCCCUUCUGCAACCAGGUGGAACUCUCCUUUUCCGGGACUAUGCCCGUGGAGAUUUAGCUCAGCUGCGUUUCCACAGUAAAGAGAAGUGGGCGGAGCCGUGUCUGCUCAGUGGGGAGCACGACUACUACAAGAGGGGAGAUGGGACGAUGAGUUUCUUCUUUUCGGAAGAAUAUGUAAAGGGUACGCUUGGUGCUGCUCUCAGAGAGGCUGGAGGGGAGGUGGAGAGUGAAGAGGUCAAAGUAGUGGAGAGGAUUGGAGUGAAUAGGAAGCGCGGGAUCGAGCUGAAGAGGAAAUUCAUACAGGGCGUCUGGCGUAAGAAGGGCUAG